GGAUAUAGACAGUGGACAUCCUACCUAGUAGUAGGAGCCUCGCCGCCCAAGCCACCCCAAACCGCCUUUUCGACUUGAACGUCUCUCGAACCCGUCCUGCAGUUCUGUCUGCUCGCAUCAUACCACAGUCAUGGCGGACCGUUACUCAUUCUCCUUGACUACCUUCUCCCCUAGCGGAAAACUGGUCCAGAUUGAGUAUGCGCUGAACGCGGUCAACCAAGGCGUGACAGCCCUGGGCAUUAAAGCGACAAAUGGGAUUGUCCUUGCAACUGAGAAGAAGUCGUCUUCGCCUCUCGCAGACCCCUCUUCCUUGUCCAAGGUCAGCCUGAUCACCCCCAACAUCGGCAUGGUGUAUUCUGGUAUGGGCCCCGAUUACCGGGUGCUGGUGGAUAGGGCUCGGAAAGUAUCCCACACUGGCUAUAAGAGGAUCUACAACGAGUACCCACCUACUCGGAUAUUAGUGCAGGACGUCGCGCGUGUGAUGCAGGAAGCGACGCAAUCCGGUGGUGUCCGGCCCUACGGGGUCAGUCUGCUGAUCGCCGGGUGGGACGAAGGCAUCCUGCCAGACGAGGAGCUACCUGCUGAAGGCGAGGUUGGCGGCGAGAAGAAGCCGUCAGGUAAGACCGGCGGCAUUCUGAAGGGUGGCCCCAUGCUCUACCAGGUCGACCCGUCGGGAAGUUAUUUCCCCUGGAAGGCCACCGCUAUCGGGAAGAGCGCAACGACGGCCAAGACCUUCCUAGAGAAGAGAUACACCGAGGGCUUGGAAUUGGAGGACGCCGUGCACAUUGCGCUCCUAACUCUGAAGGAGACGAUCGAGGGCGAGAUGAACGGGGAGACAAUCGAGAUUGGUAUCGUCGGUCCCCCCGCGGAUCACCUGCUCGGCGUGGAGGGUGUCCAGGGGGCCACCGGGCCGCGAUUCAGAAAGCUCACCCCGCAGGAAAUCGAGGACUACCUUACGAAUCUCUGAGCAACGGCACGGCCUAAUUUUUGCAUGAGUUCACGUGUAUCAUAGAAUAGCAUAGAGGGCUGAAUGCGGCAGAAUCAUUCACGGGAUUGAUGCUUGGUUAGGAUGAACGAAUGACAUAUACGUCUCCCUCCGAGCUAAGCACGAUUAUGUGCGAUUCCCCGACUCCGCAAUCCGUUAUGUCGCAUUCCUCCACCACGACAGGCGCAGGGCUACUUGAUAAAUCAUCGAUGAGCCCCCGCCGACCCGGAUAGCCGCCCCAAGCGUAGAGGUCAUGCCCUUCGGUCAAGGCCAGGAGUAGAUAUCCCGCCGCGCCGAUCCUUAUUAUUCUACCGGUCGGCAAGUCC